UCAUCAGUUCGUCCUUAUCAGAGAACAUUGUAGUGUGGCCUUUUAUUGCAGUAAGGUUAGUUUGGAACUGUAGGCUUUGUCAGUACUGUUGGCCGGAAAUCAUACCAAAAGAACAAACUUUGGUUGUUUAGUUUUCUUGUUCUAUCAUGGAUGUUCAACAUGGACACUGCUGGCGCUGUGAGAAACAACUCCCCAAAUGUUCUGUGCAAUGCCCAGAAUGCCCAUUGGCAAAGUAUUGCACAAGAUCAUGUCUGGACCGAGACACAGCCAGACACAAGUCUGUGGAGUGCCAGGUGUUUGGGAAAAAGAAGUGUAGUGAGUGUGGCAAAACUGGAGUUGUCAAAGAGUGCUCACAGUGCAACACCGUCUGGUACUGUAAUAAAGACUGUCAACUGCGCAACUGGGAAAACCAUAAAAGGUUAUGCCUUCACAUCAAAGCAGACAUAAAAUCACUCUCAGCAAAUUUUCGAGAGAGCAACAUUAGCUUUUCAAAAAUAAAAAUGGUUUUGGAUCCACCUUACUAUAUUGGAAACAUCGUUGCUAAAGACUUUCUUCGACUUGCCAAUAAUGAAUGGUCCGGGAAGGUUUUGACUAAAGAAGACAUGGCAAGAGAUUACCAUGUGUUGUCUGCUGGUUGUGGCGACCUGCGGAAUACAGUUUUAACAGCUGGUUCCCUUCCUGACAGGUACCAAGGAAAGAUUCACGUAACUCUCAAUGACUUUGACCCUUUUGUCAUGGCGAGGAAUGUCCUGUUCCUCUUUAUGUUGGUUCGGUUUGCAGACACCGAGGGAAUUGAGAGCUGUCUGACUACCAUCUGGUACUCAGUUCACAUCACAAAGAAAGAGUAUGACUUGAUCAAGACCAGCUUGGAUGAGCUCAUUCAGAUGGAUGCCCAGAGUCUCCAUGUUGCCACUAAAGGAGUCAUCAGUGUUUUCAAUGCCGAUCUUAAAAACCUAUCUCAGGUUUGGGAGAUGUGGAAAUCUCUUGAGUGUCAGAAAUCCAAGAGCAAGUCUAUCAACCUCAGCCAACAAAGAAAGGUUCUCUUAGAUAGAGAAAAGGAAGGGGUGUCUCUUUAUCUUCGUCGCUUAUCAACUGAUGAUCAAAGGUCUAUGUUUGAGUGGUUUGAUCAUGGAAAUUUUGUCCCAUCUGAGAGAAGUAAAGCCAACCUGCCAUUUGACAACCCAACGAUGACUGGACGAGGGGGUUUGGGUAGCAUACCUAGUUUCUCUCAGGCUAAUUAUGCAAGUUCACCUAAAGUAUACAAAUUUGUGUAUUGCAUAAAAGCUUGUACAUUUCCAUUCGUAGCAUGGGAUUGCUUGAGAGUUAGAGAGUACACUCACAGACCCUGCACAUCCCCAAUGGUCAUGUACCACAACUAUGUGACAAACCUACUCCAGAGAGUUAAACGUCUCACCCUUCAUGGAAGAUUUUUCAUCCACACCUUCCUGACAAACUGUCUAAAAUUUCCCAACUGCCAUCGGUCUCUUCAAAUGGCGCACUACGACCGCAUCUUUACAUCAAACCUUUCAGACUAUGUCGGCACCGCUAAGCUGCUCCAAACAUUCAAGCCACUACUGAAUCGUACAAACAGCAAGUCAGCGCUAGUCACAGAGACCAUCAAUUGGGUAGAUCUGGUACCCGGGGCUGACCAUAGCAUGGUACCAGGUGCGGUGACCCAAUGCAUGCUUGCAAACUUUGCUGAUACACGGAAACUUAAACGUGACUUUGGGUAUAAUGACAGCAGAGAAUAUUUCAACAAUAUUCCUCACUUUCUUGUGUAUCUUCGAGCUGAAAUUAUGGGAGGAGGCCUCGAGAUACCAUCCCUCAAGAAUGUUCCGUCACUUUCAGCCGUGAUGAACUACAAUGGGAUGCAGAUGCGUGACUUCCGAAAAGAAGUGAACAGGCUUGUCCCAUUUCAAUACCGGGUGACUGCAAGAGACCUGUCUAUGAUGAAUGGCUAUGACAGAGCAGUGGAGUGGUAUCUGCCACAAGAGGGCGCCCCGACAAAGGUCUAGUAAACAUGAGUCACAUUGAUCCUGUUACGUACAAAUAGAAUCUAGGCCCAAUUUCAUAAUGCCACUUUACAGAUGGAGUUUGUCACGUCAUGUGCUCUAAGGGGGCAAAAUUCAUUGGUAAGCAAUGCUGUGAAAUUCGGCCCUGGUUGUCACUCUGUUACAAUAAGUCACGCCCACAAUUAGCCUAACUAUCAAUUGCAUGAAUAACUGCGGCAUGCAGCUUGUGUAAAAUUUGCAGCAACAAGCAAUUUAGAACUUGCCUGGAAGUUGGUUCUAUACAGGGCAGACGUACAAAUGUGCGUAAUAUAAUAA